AUGGGUGAACCGACCGCCGUCUCUCUGUGUCGCGAUCCGGCCUCCCACGCGGGCUCCGGUUACACGGCGUCAGUGCUGGCCGCCUGCCAACGAUUGCGCGACCUUAAGGCCACCGAGGGCUUCUUGCUGGAUGGCAGCUCGUUGGACCUCAGCUCGGUCUACGCCGUGGCUCGCCACGAUGUACCUGCCACCAUCACGGGCAACCAGCGCGUGCUGGACGUGAUGACCCGCAGCGUGAAUCUGCUCAGCCAGAAACUGUCCGCCGGGGAAAUCAUCUACGGCGUCAACACCGGCUUUGGCGGCAGCGCCGACACUCGCACCAACGACUAUCCGGCGCUGCAGAAGGCGCUGAUCCAGCAUCACAAUGCCGCCGUCGUGCUGCCCAGCGAUCGCGGUGGCAAGCCCAUCCCGGGACUCAAGAGCCACAGCAUGCCCGUCCCCGUCGUCAAGGCCGCCAUGCUGACCCGCUGCAACUCGCUGCUGCGCGGCCACUCCGCCGUGCGACCUGAAGUUGUCCAGCAUAUCCUGGCUCUACUGGCCAACGGCAUGACCCCCGUCGUGCCUCUGCGCGGCAGCAUCUCCGCCUCGGGCGACCUGACGCCGCUGGCCUACAUCGCCGGCGCCCUGGAAGGUAACCCGGAUAUCGCCAUCUACAAGGACGCCACGGGCGAGACCCUCCCCUCGAACCUCGCCCUCAAGGAACUCGGCCUGUCCCCGCUGGAGUUCGGACCCAAAGAAGGCCUGGGCCUGCUGAACGGCACCGCAUUCAGCGCUGGUGCCGCCAGUCUCGUCCUCUUCGAAGCCAACCAACUCGUGCUCCUCUCCCAAGUCCUCACAGCCAUGGGCACCGAAGCCCUCCUGGGCACACGCUUCAACUACCACCCCUUCAUCGCCGAGGCCCGUCCCCACGAAGGCCAGCGUGAAGCCGCCGCCAACAUCUUCGGCUUCCUCACCGACUCCAAGCUCGCCACCACCGCCCACCCCGGCGACGAAGGCGGCAACGAAGGCCUCGCGCAGGACCGCUACGCCCUGCGCACCUCCAGCCAAUGGAUCGGCCCUCAGAUCGAAAACAUGGCCCUCUCGCUCAAGCAAGUCGAAGUCGAGCUGAACUCCACCACCGACAACCCCCUCCUGGACCCGGUGGAGGCGCGCAUCCAUCACGGCGGCAACUUCCAAGCGGCCUCCGUCACCACCGCCAUGGAAAAGACCUCCAGCGCCAUGCAAAUGCUAGGCAAGAUGUUCUUCGCACAAUGUUCCGAGAUCAUCAACCCGAUGCUCUCGAACGGCCUCCCUCCCAACCUCGCCAUCGACGACCCCUCCCUCUCCUUCGCCUUCAAGGGCGUCGACAUCAACAUGGCCUCGUACAUCUCCGAGCUGGGCUUCCUCAACCACCCGGUCUCCAACCACGUCCAGUCCGCCGAGAUGCACAACCAGGCCCUCAACUCCCUCGCCUUCAUCGCCGCCCGCUACGCCUCCGACUCCGUCGAAAUCCUCUCCCUCAUGGCCGCCACCUACCUCUACGUGCUGUGUCAAGCGCUGGACCUCCGCGCCCUGCACGUCGAGUUCGUCAAGUCCGCGAAGCCCAAGGUCGCCGCUAUCUCGGACGCCGUCGGCGCCACCGACACGUCCGUCCAGGACUCCAUCUGGGAAAUGCUCAUGCAGCACUGGUCGCGCAACUCGACGCACGACCUGACCGACCGCGCCCGCGUCGCAACCACCUACACCCUCGGCAGCCUCGUGCACCUCACCAACUCCUCUACCUCCUGCACGCUGCAGGCGCAGGCCGUCCCCGAAUGGCAGAACCAGGUGUCCGAGGCGCUGGUUGUCAGCUAUGCGCAGGCUAGAGAACAGUUCUUGACGGCCCCCACGACCAAGGAGUACCUGUGCCACGCGAGCCUGAAGUUCUAUUCGUUUGUGCGGGAGACCCUGGGAGUGCCGCUUUUCCGGGGCAUUGUGGACCAUCCGACAUAUGAGACGGGGGAGGCGGAUAAGAAGACGAUUGGGUCGCGGAUUGGAGAGGUUUAUGCGGCGUUGAGGAGGGGGGAUGUCCAGGAUGUGUUGGUGGGGUGUUGGUGA